CACUCCGCUGUACAUACCGGAAUUUGCAUCGCGUAUUGUGAUUUAGCAAGAUUCAGAUAUGUCUGUCAGAGCCACAUCAACCAACAUGCUCCGGCGAGCGCUCGCCGGUGCUCGUUCGGCUACAUCCGUUUCCGAGGCUUGCACCCGAUCUGCCAGGCCUGCGGCAUUCAACGCAUACCGAAAUGUGUCCAGCGCCUCGCGCCUGCCUACCCUCACAGCGUCAGAGACUCGCCGUCGGCCGACGGUGCGGCCCCACCAGCAGCCUGUGGUUCAGAAUAGAGUCAACGGCAUGUCUCCGACCAGCAAGCGGACGAUCUUUAUUCAGACGGAGAACACACCCAACCCUGAUGCAUUGAAAUUCAUUCCUAACCACCGCGUCCUUCCCGAGGACUUCCCGACCACUUUCCUCGAAUACCUCUCCCCUCGCUCUACACUCUCCCCACCACACCCUUCCCCUCUCGCUGCUAAGCUUCUCGAUGUCGAGGGUGUUACCUCCGUCUUCUACGGCGCUGACUUCAUCACCGUAACCAAGGCUAGCGACGCGCAGUGGGCGCACAUCAAGCCCGAGAUCUUCAGCCUGAUCACACAAGCCGUGACAGCCGGCGAGACCAUUGUGACGACCGUGGAGAGUGAUGGCUCCGAGAGCACGCAGGAGGGUGGUGUGAGCGACUCUCUCACUUAUGAUGAGAACGAUGAUGAGGUUGUGAGCAUGAUCAAGGAACUGCUGGAGACACGCAUUCGUCCUGCGAUUCAGGAGGACGGCGGUGAUAUUGAGCUGCGGGGCUUUGAGGAUGGUAUUGUCAUGUUGAAGCUGCGGGGCGCAUGCCGGACUUGCGACUCGAGCACUGUGACGCUGAAGAAUGGCAUUGAGUCAAUGCUGAUGCACUACAUCGAGGAGGUCAAGGGUGUUGAGCAGGUCAUGGAUCAGGAGGAGGAGAUUUCUAUGCAUGAGUUUGCCAAGUUCGAGGAGAAGUUGCGCCAGCAAAAGGGUGCUGCUGCCACAGCUAGCAGCUCGCUCGACAACGCGCCAUAAGGGAUCUGCUCACCUGGGCCAAUGCGUGAUAUUCUUCGAAUUUCAAAUUUGCAAAGUCGCAGCAUGGCUUCUCGAAAAUCUGUAUAUUAGUCUAUCCUCACAUCCAAUACAGCUUGUUAAUGCAUC